CUUCUGCCUCUUUGGUGAUGACGACUCAUUUGGGGAAAACCUUCUCCUUAAUGCGCUCACCUGAACAUCCGCAACUUCUCUUCUCUGGCGAAGAAAUCAAAGCGAAGAUAGAAGAACGGCGGGAUCUCCGAGAUAGAACGAUGGCGGUCGUGUUUGAUGCUGACGAAGGCGGUGAUGCUGGACUGGCGGGGAAGAGAAGAUCGAGUUGGACAAACCUGGAUUCGACUGAAAUCAGAGACUUUUCCCGGAUGCGACGAGGACCCGGAGAGAGAUUGACUUGGGCACAAAGAGCAGCGAGCAGGUGGAAGACCAGCAGCUUGAAGAGGACUGGAAUCGACCCUGAACACCAAUGGGCAAUUCUGGGAAGAUUGGACUCCAUGAGAAUCAGGCACAUGGCGACUUUGUGACGUCAGGACAGCCGAUCUCAGAAGUAACACAAUGAAUCAAGCACAUGGCGGCUUUGUGACUGGAUGUGGACCUCGAAGUAACACAAUGAAAGCCUCCAUGACUCAACGGGUGAAAGUCGUGAGGUGAAGUCGCCAAACUUGUGGAGUUCUGUGACCUUGAUUGUGAACGAUGGCGCCGUCAAUGAUGAUGGCUACGCAGGGAUGGUUGCGACCCACGACGGAAUGGACUUUGCCUAGGUCAACUGGAGGUACGGAGAGCUGGACUGCUCAUCCAAAUCGAGAAACCACAAAAGCGGAAGGAUGGAAGCUCAAACCCUAAUCAAGGAUCGAGAUUCGC